UUUUAUUUAAAUUUUUUCCAAUGUAAAUUCAAAAAAGGUAGCCUACUAUACAUUUGAUGUAGGGCUAUUUGUUUAGCCAUCAAAGAUAUUAAGCAUUCUGAAGUUUGGGGUGGGCCUAUAUGUUUUAUUGGCAGCGAGGGCCGUUGUUGUCAUGGCACUGGGUUAAAAUAUUAUUUUUUUAUUAUUAUUUUUGCUGUUUUUUUAUUAUUAUUUUUGCAGUUUGCUGCUAACAGUGAAUAGCAAGGACCAGUAACGUUCCCAAGCUCCAGUCAUGAGCCCAACACACCAGAAUGGGCAGAAUACUGAGAAACUUGAUUUUGAGAUGCCUCGCACAAAGCAAGCCCGGCGCUCCCAGGCCGCAAAGAAGAGGAUGGCAGACCGGAUGGCUGCUGAUCCUGAAGAGGCUCUGCCACCUCUUAAAAAAUUGGCAGAAGUAACAGAACGUUGUGUACAUCACAACGGGGAUAUAAAACUGGGUCAUAACAGUGGUCAUAACCGUGGUCAUAACCUUGGGCUAACAAGUGGUCAAACAAGUGGUCAAACAAGUGGUCAAACAAGUGGUCAAACAAGUGGUCAAACAAGUGGUCAAACAAGUGGUCUAACAAGUGGUCAAACAAGUGGUCAAACAAGUGGUCUAACAAGUGGUCUAACAAGUGGUCUAACAAGUGGUCUAACAAGUGGUCUAGCAAGCGGUCUAACAAGUGGUCUAAACAAUGAUGCUAAAAACACGGAUCAUAAAAGUACUGUUAACAUGACCAUGAAAGCUGUUUCUGAUUUGUGUCCACAGAAAUCGUACAUCAGUGGCUCUUUCCAUCAAGGAGAUUACCGUUUUGGCCGGAAUAGGGGAAGUCAAUGUGGUGCAAACUGUUUAACUGCAAUUUUGAUGAGUAAGAUGAAAAGUGUGUUGCAGUGGACGAGAAGUGACCUGAAUGCUGUUCUGAUCCAUGGAGAUGACCUGUACAGUGCCAUGAGAGACGCAGGGAAAAUCAACGAUCCUGAAUCCGGCUUCAUAGCUAUUCAUGAGCUACCAGACACACACACACUUAAAGAUAGUCGGUUUUCAAUAAACUAUGGUGAAGCAUUGACUGGCUUGUUUGGUGUCAAUAAAUAUGAUGGGGAACUACAAGGGUAUGCUAUGUCUUUUAAUGAAGCAGUAAAUCGAGCAUUCCAGAGGUUUGAUACUGUUUUAGUGAAUAUUAAGCUAACCAUAUGUGCAGCUGUCAGAGAAGGUUCCUGGUAUGCAGUGAUUGAUCCACAUUCAAGACGAGGUGAUGGCAGAUGUGUAGCUGACGGUAAGAGUGUAGUGGUUUACCAUCGUGACUUGCACUCGCUGAUUGUUCAUUUCCGGAAACUUGCCGCAUCUAUAAAUGCACGUUACCAGGAGUUUGAGGUAACUGGGGUCAACGCGGUUAUGACUGGAUUAAAACAGCCAUUCUGGCAAGUGAUUGAGAACGCUGGUCCAGCAGAAAAUGAGAGUGAAGAGAAUGAAAACGACAUACCCAACUAA